AAGUUGUCGCAGACUCGUAGGUGCUCGGUCGCCGUGUCCCUAAACUUCGUUUUGUUGCUGUAACUUUCAUAUUUUACUAAUUUUGAUAUAACUGUUUAAAUGGUAACGACAUAAAUUUUAUUGUCUUCUUAAAAACUACUGUUGGGUUCGUGCCGGUGGAGCAAUAAGCCGAAAUAUGGAGUUCCACAUAAAAGUAUUUGCCGUUGUCGUCCUGGCCUCACUGCUACCGAUUUACGUUUCUUCUGAUAUCUUUGCUUCGAUGGUGGAUGUCGAAACAUUAAUGGAUACGGAAAAGAAUCUGCUUGAUAUUUUGCGGGAAACAGCACAAAAAGAAAUCGAAAAGCUCACCUUGGCUAAAAGGUACAUUAGCAAGUUCAAGAAAGCUUACAAUUCCCACGUGGAUGAUACUUGGGAAGAUAUUGCCACCUCACCCAUUAAAGCCUUCCAGUUCAUUAAACACGUGACAGCAGAUUGGAAACUCAUGAGUACAAAAAUCGAGGAAAGCAUUGUUAAUGACCGUACUGCGUCCGUGCGACUGCUGCGCAGUGAACGGCGCUUCCCGGAUGAAGACGACAUUAAGGGCAGCGCUUUGGCAUUCAAUCGCCUGCAGAACACGUACAAAAUUCAACCACGAGAUAUCGCCUAUGGAAAGGUGCCGGGAACACGAAGAACACCGGCGUUCACCUCCCGUGAGGCUUUCAUUGUGGGUCAUCAGCAGGCACUAGAGAAACAGUUCAACUCGGCGUCUGCUUGGUUGGAAGUAUCCCUGGAUAUCUUCAAUACAGAAACGGUUAAAACGCAAACGCAUACGGAAUUGCUGGACUGGUUACAAUAUUCCAUCUUUCAUGAUAGUGGUAAUGCUUACCGCGCUUUGGAAUUAAUGAAAGAUAUACAGAAAAUUGAUCCGACGUACGCCAAUAUUCCGGACAAUCUGAAGACUUACGGAGGCAUUGUGGAGAAUGGUACAGCAGCGGAACUGGAAAGGAUGAAGUCAGAGGUCAUCCAGCCCAAAUAUAUAGAUGACCACUACGCCGCAUUAUGCAGAGGAGAAGAUUUAAUGGAUCCUGAACUCAGCCGUGAUUUAGUCUGCUAUUUGGAAACAUAUGACAACCCGUAUCUUCUUAUCCAACCAGUCAAGCUUGAAUUGGCAAAUCUAGAUCCGGUUGUCUAUGUCGUUUAUAAUGCCAUUUUGGACUCCCAGGCGGAAAGAAUAAAAAAGAUUGGCCCGCAGCAUCUGUUUCGAGCCAAAGUUAUUGCGCAAAAUUCUACACAAGGCGUGAAUUCGGAUACAAGAAUAUCCAAGAUUGCUUUCUUGGAGGAAUCCGUGGACGAGGUGAUCAAAACGGUCAACGCCUACACAGGACAUGCUACAAAUUUGAACGCAUCUCUGGCCGAACAUCUGCAAAUUAAUAAUUACGGUGUCGGUGGAUAUUAUUAUUCGCACUACGACUUUUUCCGCGAUAAAGAGGGGGUGGGUCACCAUCUCAUAGAAUCAAAAAAGGGCGACAGAAUAGCAACGUUUUUGAUGUAUAUGAGCGACGUGGAAUCCGGGGGUGCAACCGUUUUUCCACACCUGAACGUCACCUUGUUUCCGGUGAAGGGCGCUGCGGCAUUUUGGUACAACCUCCAUAUGGAUGGCGAACCGGAUCAACGGACUCUUCAUUCAGGGUGCCCGGUUCUGUCGGGAAUGAAAUGGGUGUCAAACAAAUGGUUUCGGGAAGGUGGCCAGUAUGUUACCCGGCCAUGCGCCUUGUUUCAGGACAGUCCCGAACCCGAGCCGAAUGUAGUCAGCGCAAACACCAUCGUUGUAGCAAGUGCAUAGAAUGAAUACUUUGUGAUAAGAAUCGUUGCUUGAAUGUGCAUCGUUGUUUAAAAGAAAUUCCGUGCAUAUUACAAAUGCUAAAACAUGCAUUUUCUACCCGUGCCAAGCUUGCUCCCUCGGAGUAGGGUCAGUUGCAACUGGGAACUAGUAACCUUAAACCGGAAACGUCUGCGCUUACACUACGAGUAGUCCUGCUCGUACAACACAAAAGAUACUUGUGCUAACGGAUCAGAAGGCAUAAUGCGUCAAACAGUCUGCCGGAAAUGUGCAGUGUGCAAUCGAAAACUGAAUGUUUUCGUGCAACCAGAUACCCGACGUCGAAAACUUUCGCGGUGAUUUCUUCGUGUGACAAACCAGACCCGUGGUUUCGUAGUUAAAGAAUCGGAAAAUUCAUCCCUACUUUACCACAAAUAUCUGAUAGUGUUAGGAAUGUUAGAUGUGUAAGAUACUGCAAUUUGUUGCACCAUAAUAAUAAUUAUAUCACAAAGAAUUACCAUAAUUAUAUCACAAAGAUUCCGAUUUCGAGUGCAUUGGUAAAAUGCUCCCGACUUGCCGAUUUUGUUAGUUUCUGCAUUCAGUGGCAGUACGGCAGAAAUUCAACAGGUUAGCAUGACCCCUCAAUGGCGAUGUUUGACCUCGAACAGAUUGCUUAUUACGAAAAAACGAAUGACAGGAUAUGAGAGGAGAUCAUCGUAGCCGAGAAGGAAAGCGGACCAUGGCGACAACGUGCGGCAGCCGCAGAGCAAGUUUAACUUUAUUUAUAAUCCACUACAUAUUGCUGUUGGUGUGAAGGUGAAGUAUUUCUAGUUUCUACUGUAGAGGAUGGAAUACCACACUAGUGGACAUUUUGGCUAUAGGGCAAUAAAUGCAUUCUAUGUCGACUUUGCGCUUAUCGGACACUUGGUUUGGCUACAGAGUCUACCGACUGGAAAACUCUGCAACUUAUGACUUAUCCGACUUAUGACCUUGGAAAGUGUACGUAAAUGGUCCGGAUCCGCGCAUCAACAGCACCGUCUCGGUACUUGUUCAACGAGAUUUUCCGGGAAGAUGGUAAAGUUCAGAAGUGGGAAAACUGUCUCUCCACCCGUUCACCGGAUACCUUUUCCGACAAAUGCACUUUUAAAGUGGUCGCUAUCAUUAUCUCUUUCUACCGUUUAUAUGUUGGUGAUUCUCGCUCCUACUGAGCAGGCGAAAGAAUUUGAUGAAAGCCACGUUAUAAUAAUGGCGUGAAAUGUAUUCUUCCUUCUACUGAGUGCAACACGCCAAAUACAUGUUCUUUGC